AUGAAGAUCUCUGUACCACCGUAUCUGUCGCCUGGGAAUUUCAGUAUGUCAGCCAUUCGUCACCAUCACAAUCCUCGCACCUCCAUUGUCAAACUGCACUAUGUGGUGGUGAGCCCAGCCGAGCUCUACCACCCGCACACGGGGACGGUGUCAGUUCAUCUCAGCGACCUCAACGAGACCGUCCGGGUGAGCGUCCGGCUGGAGAGGGGGGAUGAGCUCAGCGCUAUCACCCUGCUGGAGAGAGAGGUCCAGGAGCCCCGUCUGCACGAGAACGUGCGCUUCCAGGUUCCAGCACUGUCCAGGGGGCAACAGGAAGUGGCAGAGCUGCACGUCUCGAUCCGGGGAGAUGCCCUGCAGUUCUCUGAACGGAAGAAAGUGCUGCUGCGGGCGCUGCAGCCCGGGACCUUUGUGCAGACGGACAAGGCCGUCUACAAGCCGGGACAAACAGUGAAGUUUCGAAUCGUCAGUUUGGACAAAGACUUCGUUCCCAGUACCCGGAAGGUGAGAGCUGGAGUGCUGCCCAAGUUCGAAGUGACCCUGGAGCUGCCCCCCGUGGUGACGGUGCUGGAUGAGACGAUCCUGCUGCGGGUGUGCGGCCGAUACACCUAUGGGAAGCCCGUCCAGGGGAGGGUCCAGGCCAGCCUGUGUCGGGAGGAACAACCACCAUAUCACCGGUACCAUCUUCAUGGCGCACUAACCGGGGCUCUGUGCACGGAGCUUACUGGCCAGACUGAGAGCAAUGGCUGCUUUUCGACAGAGGUGGGGAUGGCUCCCUUCAACCUGACCCAAUCUGGCUACAAGAGGAGCCUCCAGGCCAAGGCGUCUCUCGUGGAGGAGGGGACAGGGGUGGAGCUCAACGCGACCAAGAGCUCCAAGAUCGUGUCUGAAAUCGCUACGGUGACCUUUGAGGACGCUGACGAGACCUACAAGACUGGAAUCCCCUACACUGGCAAGAUGCUCCUGAAGGCGGCAGAUGGCUCUGCACUGAAGAAUGAGAAGCUACAGCUCUUUGUUAGCUAUGGAGACGUGAGGCAGGACCAGACUUUCCUGACGGACGAGUCUGGCAGAGCCUCCUUCGAGCUGGACACCUCCGGCUGGACAGAGAGGGUCACUCUGAGGGGGCACUUCAAGCAGGUGGAUCGCAGCUCUGUGUAUGGAAGAGUCUCUCCCAGUUAUCCGGAUGCCCAUCGUAACCUGGAGCCCUUCUACUCCAAGAGCCAGAGUUUCCUGAAGAUCCGCUCGACUGGAGGGGUGCUGCCCUGCGACCAGGCCCAGCAGCUCCAGGUGGAUUACAUCAUUGCUAGGGAGGCCCUGGGGAACGGGUCCAGGAGCCUGGAUUUCAUCUUCCUGGUCGUGGCCAAGGGAGCCAUUGCCAGGAUCCUCCACAAGGGGCUGGACCUCAGGGAGGGGGCUGGGCUGAAGGGCUCCUUCUCCGUGGAGCUGCCCGUCGGCGCUGACCUGGCGCCUGCUGCCACGGUGCUGGGUUACACAGUGCUGCCCGAUGGCGAGAUGGCUGCUGACCGUGCCCGGCUGCACAUGGCCAAGUGCCUCCCGAACAAGGUGAAGCUGGCCUUCUCGCAGGACCGGGCCCUGCCAGGCUCAGAGCUCCAGCUGCGGGUGCAGGCUGCCCCCGGGUCCCUGUGCGCCGUCCGCGCCGUGGAUGAGAGCGUGCUGCUCAUGAAGCCCGAGGCCGAGCUCAGCGUUGACAAAGUCUAUAACUUGCUCCCCCAUUUUCCCCAAGGAGACUAUCCCACUGCAGCUCGAGAGCACGAGUCAGGCGAUUGUCCAUAUUUCUCUGAGUACUCCGAAUACAUGAGUCCCUGGUGGCGGCCUCACAGAAGGCCCCAGCCUGUCCAGUUUUCCAACAGUGACUCCUACCGUUUAUUUAAGGAUGCGGCUUUGAAAAUUCUCACUAAUGCGAACACCAAGAAACCUUUCAUCUGCCCUGAUAUUCCGAUUUUCAGGUUCAGCAGUCAACCCAUCCUUAAAUUCGGCCCUCCAGGAAGUCCAAUGGGUGAGUUCCCAUCCUUCUUGUUUCUGAAAUUCCCUAUGGAUUCUCCAUUCCCUGAAGGCCAGAAAUGGGAUUGCGAGGGGGGCUCCAAGGAUGUCCCUGUCUCAGUGCCCGACACCAUCACGGAGUGGAAAGCUGGGAUGUUCUGCACAGCCGAGGUGGGCUUUGGGCUCUCACCCACGGCCACCUUCAUGGCCUUCAAACCCUUCUUUGUGGAGCUGGCCUUGCCAUAUUCCGUGAUCCGGGGAGAGGCCUUUGCCCUAAAGGCCACCGUCUUCAACUACCUGCAGCAGUGCAUCAAGGUGCAGCUGACGCUGGCCGAGUCUGCGCAGUUCCAGGUGCAGGCGGGCGAAGACGGCGCCUACACCAGCUGCCUCUGUGCAGACGAAGGGAAAACCUUCCAGUGGGAGGUGACGGCGAGCAGCCUGGGGGAGGUGAACUUCACCGUCAGCACCGAGGCUCUGCGCACCGAGGAGCUGUGUGGCAACGAGCUGGCUGUAGUGCCAGCCCAGGGGCGAGUGGACACCGUGAUAAAGCCCCUGCUGGUCCAGCCGGGCGGGAUCCUGGAGGAGAAGGCGCACAGCUCCCUGCUCUGCCAGGAAGGUAGGAUCCCAGCGCCUGUGCAGGGCUCAGUGGCGUCGGAAGAAAUCUCCUUGCAGCUGCCUGCUAACAUCCUGGCGGGGUCCGAGCGGGCUCACGUGACUGUCCUGGGAGACAUAAUGGGCACAGCUCUGCAGAACAUAGACCGCUUGCUGGCCAUGCCCUAUGGCUGCGGAGAGCAGAACAUGGUCCGGUUCGCUCCCAACAUCUACAUCCAGCAGUACCUGGAGAAGAGCGGGCAGCUGAGCCCGGAGAUCAGAGACAAGGCCAAGGGUUUCCUCCAGAGCGGCUACCAGCGCGAGCUGCUCUACAAACACAACGAUGGCUCUUACAGCGCCUUUGGGGAGAGCGACGCCACGGGCAACACCUGCUCCCGGUGUCUCCAUCCCCCUCAGGGCGGCGUGGUGGACGAGCUCUCUCUCUCGGCUUACAUCACAGCAGCACUGCUGGAGCUGGGGCAGCCGCUCACGGACCCCAUGGUGACCAGGGCCCUCCAGUGCCUCCGGGAGUCGAGCACCAGCGACCUCUACACGCAGGCGCUGCUGGCCUACGCCUUCGGGCUGGCGGGGAGCACUGAGCUGCGGGGCGCCCUUCUUCAGAGCCUGGCCCAGCACAGCGUCAGCGCUGGGGGACAGCUGCACUGGCAGAGGAAGGUGAAGGCCCUGCCCAGCCCCUAUGGGAACCAGGCCCCGUCAGCAGAGGUGGAGAUGACGGCUUACGUGCUCCUGGCCUAUCUCUCCCUGCCCAAUGUGUCUGCUGCCGACAUGGCAACCGCCGCCCAGAUUGUCCGCUGGCUCAGCAAGCAGCAGAACCCCUAUGGGGGCUUCGCCUCGACGCAGGACACGGUGGUCGCCCUGCAGGCCCUGGCCAAAUACGCGGCCCUGACGUACAGCACGAGCGGGGCUGUGUCGGUGAUGGUGAGCUCCCAGGCCGGGGCCCGGCAGCAAUUCCACGUGGAGAACGCCAACCGGCUGGUACUGCAGCAAGCGGCCCUGCAGGAGAUCCCCGGGCAGUACACGGUGCGGGCCAGCGGAAAGGGCUGUGUCUUUGUGCAGCUGACUCUGCGCUACAACGUGCCGCCCCCAAAGAGCGCCGCGACCUUUGACCUGCGGGUGGAGACGGAGCCGAAGGAGUGCACCGAGAGCGCCAGAUCCCACUUCAGCCUUGUCCUGCACGCUCGGUACAGCGGGGAGCGCCCAGCCACCAACAUGGCCAUCAUCGAGGCCAAGCUGCCGUCAGGAUACAUCCCAGUCAAGAGCUCCCUGCAGCAGCUGGAGAAGCAGCCUUUGGUGAAGAGGCUGGAGGUGCAGAACGACCAGGUGACGCUCUAUCUGGACCAGAGACCCGUUUCCAUAAAGGAAGAGGAGAUUGGACCAGACUCAGCCAAACCCCAGCGAGGGUCGUGA